AGUCGCACAAAUAUGUUUAAAACUUGUACACCUACAAUAUAGAGUUUGUAUCCAAUAAACACGAUCUAAAAUCCAUAAUACAAAACCAACUACAUAAAAUACAUAACUUGUAAAAGAAAUUGCAAAAUGGAAAAGAUGUCAGAGGUGAAUAUCGCUGCCGAUGCCGAGAAUCCCACGGACUAUAUGCUCGACAAGGAGAUGGAUCUGCUGGGCGAACUGGACGAUUGCCACAAGACCAAAUUGGCGGACAUUGAUGUGGUAGCGAAAUGUGACAUGUCUAACAAUGGUGAUUUUUCGAUGGUCAGUCAGGCGUCGACAGAAGCGGAUUGCACAACACUCUCGCAGAAGGAGGAGUCGGAUCUGCUGACCACCGGAUUGCUCGAGAAGGAGGAGAACACCUUGCGUACCAUUCAGCAUCUGGACAACAUAAUCCAGCAGAUGGAGGCACUGCAGCGUCGGAUUCGUAGAUUUCUACAUAUGGAAUUCGGUACCGAAAAAGAUGAAUGGCAGAUGGAGAACCCUGCAACCUAAAGCGAUACAAUGAGAGGAAUAAUCAGAAACUAUUCGAUAAUUAUCAGAAAACAAAAGAAGUGAAAUUCGGAGAAAUGCUAACAAAUGCAAUUUAAUAACAAAAAAAAUGAUAUACAAAAAAACUGAGCAAAAUCUCUGGAUAUAAAAAUGAAGGAUAUGUAAAUUACAUGCAAGGGAGAAAGAAUAAACACACUAAACCUUAAAUAUAGUUCACUUUGAUGAGAUCCGAGUCUUUUCAAAUAGCAGAAGAUCUAUAAGAAGGAAAUAUACGCAGCCAUUUGGAAAUGUUACAAAACAAAAAUAAAAAAAUUGAAAGUAAAAA